CUCUUUCGUGCCUAUUCACGCCGCAGGAGCUAUAGAAUCUAGCGACUUUGAAUGGCCCAAGAUGCGGGUGUCAUGUCCUCGGUCGACGAGGGAGCCUUCCACGCCCUCUGGCGUUCGUUCGCCAUGAUCAUCUUCUCAGAAAUCGGCGACAAGACGUUCCUUAUAGCUGCUAUUCUCGCCAUGCGGCACCCCCGCCUCAUCGUCUUCGCCGGCGCGUUCGGCUCUCUCGUCGUCAUGUCUAUCCUCUCCGCCGAGCUCGGCCACCUCCUCCCCACGCUCAUCCCACGAAAAUGGACACAAAUAUGCGCGGCGGUGCUCUUCCUUGUGUUUGGUGCGAAGAUGCUACAAGAGGGACGCGAGAUGAAGGCGGGCAACGAGAAGCUGCAGGAGGAGAUGAAGGAGGCCGAGGAGGACAUCGAGGGCGACGACGCCGCGCACGACGGGGAGGACGGCGUCCCGCUCGAGGCGAUGGAGGCCGGCACCGCCCCGGGGCACGUCCGGCGGCGGUCGAGCUCGGCCGGGCCCGCGUCCGCGAAGAAGAGCGUGCAGGGCUACAUGGAGGCGUCGCGCAACUUCUUCAGCUACCUGCUCGGGCCCGUGUUCGUGCAGGCGUUCGUGCUCACCUUCCUCGGCGAGUGGGGCGACCGCAGCCAGAUAUCGACCAUCGCGCUCGCCGCGGCCGACAACGUGUACGUGGUCGCGCUGGGCACGGUCAUCGGACACUCGUGCUGCACCGCGCUCGCCGUCAUGGGUGGCCGGUACGUGUCGACGAAAAUAUCCGUGAAGCACGUGACGCUCGCGGCGAGCGGGCUCUUCCUGGUCUUCGGCGUCGUGUAUUUGUAUGAGGCGCUGCUGUCGAUAGACCCGGAGACGACGGACUUCCACCCUGACCCUUGAUGAUCCUGAUACGCUCUUAUACCUCUAUAUAGACCGAGCGGGUUCGGGCCCGGACGAUCCCUAAUGCAUGGAUGGACUCAUGAC